AUGCUCCGCGUAGCAAGAAACCCCGGACGAGUGAUCAUGUGUUCCGUCCACGCGGGGCGUCGUCGCAAAGCGUCUCCUGCCACAGAAAAGACUUGUCAGAGCAGCACACUUGGCGUCAAGACUGGCUGGCCGCAGCCGGCAACUCGAGCAAACUCUGCAGACGAUACUAUCGGGACAGUCAAGAAGCAGGACUUUUCGAAGGAUAAAUACCGCAAUGUGGACUCGAGUCUCAACGUGACGACUUUGCCCAGCAGCGGACAAGAAUAG